GGUUUUCCACGUUGGACAAGUGCGGCUCGUCGGCCAGCGGAGCGCGCCCCUUCCCGCUGCCCUCUCCUCUCCUCUCUUCUCCCCAGCCUGGUGGGCGGGUGGGCGGCGGCGGCCGCGGCGCUGGGCCCUCUCCCACCCGUGUGUGCGCGCUCGUACGCGCGGCCCCCAGUGCCAGCCCCGCCGCCUGAGAGGGGGCCUGAGCCGCCGGCCGGGCCGUGCGCCCGGGAACCACCACCACCGCGGCCCGCGCUCCCAGGCGCUGGGGUCCCCGCGGACCCGUAGGCGGCGGACGGGCUUAGCAGAUGUAGCCUCCGGGCCGGGGCUGGAGCCGGCGGCGGGGCGCCGGGAGAGCGAGGGGCUUUGCAUUUUGCAGUGCUAUUUUUUAAGGGGGGCGGGGGGUGGAGGAAGCGGAAAGCCGCGCCGAGUCGCCGGGGACCUCCGGGGUGAACCAUGUUGAGUCCUGCCAACGGGGAGCAGCUCCACCUGGUGAACUAUGUGGAGGACUACCUGGACUCCAUCGAGUCUCUGCCUUUCGACUUGCAGAGAAACGUCUCGCUGAUGCGGGAGAUCGACGCGAAAUACCAAGAGAUCCUGAAGGAGCUGGAUGAGUGCUACGAGCGCUUCAGCCGCGAGACGGACGGCGCGCAGAAGCGGCGGAUGCUGCACUGUGUGCAGCGCGCACUGAUCCGCAGCCAGGAGCUGGGUGACGAGAAGAUCCAGAUCGUGAGCCAGAUGGUGGAGCUGGUGGAGAACCGCACGCGGCAGGUGGAUAGCCACGUGGAGCUGUUCGAGGCGCAGCAGGAGCUGGGCGACACGGCGGGCAACAGCGGCAAGGCUGGCGCGGACAGGCCCAAGGGUGAGGCGGCGGCGCAGGCCGAGAAGCCCAACAGCAAGCGCUCGCGGCGGCAGCGCAACAACGAGAACCGCGAGAACGCGUCCAGCAACCACGACCACGACGACGGCGCCUCGGGCACGCCCAAGGAGAAGAAGGCCAAGACCUCCAAGAAGAAGAAGCGCUCCAAGGCCAAGGCGGAGCGGGAGGCGUCCCCCGCCGACCUCCCCAUCGACCCCAAUGAGCCCACGUACUGCCUGUGCAACCAGGUCUCCUACGGGGAGAUGAUCGGCUGCGACAACGAUGAGUGCCCCAUCGAGUGGUUCCACUUCUCGUGCGUGGGGCUCAACCAUAAACCCAAGGGCAAAUGGUACUGUCCCAAGUGCCGGGGGGAGAACGAGAAGACCAUGGACAAAGCCCUGGAGAAAUCCAAAAAAGAGAGGGCUUACAACAGGUAGUUUGUGGACAGUGCCUGCAGUGAGGAGGACAGAAUAAACUGUGUAUUUAUUACGUUGCUGCCUUUGUUGAGGUGCAAGGAGUGUAAAAUGUAUAUUUUUAAAGAAUGUUAGAAAAGGAACCAUUCCUUUCAUAGGGAUGGCAGUGAUUCUGUUUGCCUUUUGUUUUCAUUGGUACACGUGUGACAAAGUGGUCUGUGGAUCAGUAUUAGAAACCACAAAUAUAGGUUUGAUUAAGCAUUUAAGUCUCAGACUUAUUUCUUGCGGGCGGAGGAGGACUAAACUCAACCUAACACAUUAAAUGUGGAAGGAAAAUAUUUCAUUUAGCUUUUUUAUUUUAAGAAAAGUAAUAUUAUUACUUGAUGAACAAUUUUAUAGUGAAUGUGUUUCUCGCUGCCAUGAUGUAUAUCCAUACAACAACUCAGAAACAAUGGUUUAAAGUUUGAAGAUUAUUUUUUAAUAAGGUAAAUGGUUAAAUUUUACAUGACAGAUAUUUUAUAUAUUGGCCUUUUCCCGAAAUGGCCAUUUUAAAAUGCUUGGGUACACUUCUCUUAAACAAGUGGUCUAGUUAAGGAACCUCAAGUCAUGCUUUUGCUAUCACAGAUUAUAGUGUAGCCAUCUUUAAUUUAUAUCAGGUGUAUAAAUGUACAUUUCCAAGUGAACUUGCACUUGCUCUAUUAUAAUUGGAGGUGCAGUCAGCAGAUGCUGUUGUGAAGCUGACGUCAUAGUUAAUGUGCAAAGGUGUGCUUCCUGCUGUUUGUGAGCUGUAAAAAUGUUAUGUGAAGAAAUAAAUGAAACUUGGCCAGUUUUUUCCUCUAGCAGUAUAUUUAAUUUUGACAUAAGUAACUUUUAAAAUUUGUCUUAAAAAUUUAAACACCAGCAGUUUAGACAAAGCCUUAAAGCAAAUUUUGUAUUAUUGUUCUCACUUAUUAUUGAUAAUGAAGUAGAAGUUGCCUAAUUGCCAGAAAAUAAAUAUGUGUCAAAAAAGAAUCUGUAUUCAGAUGCUGGGUCAGGAAAUCACUGCCCGCUUCUCAAAUCCAGCCCACCACCUGUUUGACCAUUAUAUGAAGUUUAAAUUCUAGUGUCCGUAAAUAAAGUUUCGGUGGAACACA